AGAGCUGAGCCCACGUGUGACGCGCGCAUUCCCGGCUCAGUGCGAUUCGCUUUAGCGGCGCUCCUGGCUCCGUUCGCUCUGACUGCGCGCCUUUUAGUUUUGCUGCCUGUUUUUUAGUUGGGUUAGCGAUGGAGGGAGACGGGAGCCAAGCCACGUCCGGGAGUCCGACCGAUUCGCAACACGACCCAGGUAAAAUGUUCAUCGGUGGCCUCAGCUGGCAAACUUCACCAGACAGCCUUAGAGACUAUUUUAGUAAAUUUGGAGAAAUCCGAGAAUGUAUGGUGAUGAGGGAUCCCACGACCAAGCGCUCCAGGGGAUUUGGGUUUGUUACGUUUGCAGAUGCGGCCAGUGUAGAUAAAGUUUUAGGUCAACCUCACCACGAAUUAGACUCAAAGACGAUUGACCCUAAAGUUGCCUUCCCGAGACGUGCUCAACCCAAGAUGGUCACAAGAACAAAGAAAAUAUUUGUAGGCGGAUUAUCAGCGAACACAGUAGUCGAAGAUGUGAAGCAGUAUUUCGAACAGUUUGGCAAGGUAGAGGAUGCCAUGCUUAUGUUUGAUAAAACUACAAAUAGGCAUAGAGGAUUUGGCUUUGUAACUUUCGAGAAUGAGGAUGUGGUGGAGAAAGUCUGUGAGAUUCAUUUUCAUGAAAUCAAUAAUAAAAUGGUAGAAUGUAAGAAGGCACAACCCAAGGAGGUGAUGUUUCCCCCAGGGACACGAGGGCGAGCCAGGGGUCUACCCUACACCAUGGAUGCCUUCAUGCUAGGAAUGGGAAUGCUGAGUUACCCAAACAUUGUAGCGACGUACGGCCGUGGAUACACUGGCUUCGCCCCGAGCUACAGCUACCAGUUCCCUGGCUUUCCUGCGGCGGCGUAUGGUCCGAUGGCGGCAGCGGCAGUGGCAGCAGCACGUGGUUCAGGUAGGGGGGCCCGUGGAAGAGGCGGCUACGCAGCAUAUCCGCACAGUACAGGGCCAGGCUUCCCCGAUUACGGUUUCUAUUCCACGACAAGUGACCAACGGGGGCCCCCCUUCUCCUUUGCGGACUAUGGCUCUCUAGGCCCACAGGCGGCUCAGCUGCUUCAAAGCGAGCAUGCCACCUCGGCCUGCAACUCCCCCCUGCAGCACCUGCCCAGCCCGGAUCAGUAUAAGAGCCCAGGCACCAACCCUCCGCGGCCUGGAACUUUUCCUGGAGCGAGCAGUCCAGGACCUGUGGCUGACCUGUAUGGCCCCACCAGCCAGGACUCUGGCGUGGGCAAUUACAUAAGCGCUGCUAGCCCUCAACCUGGCUCCGGCUUCGGCCACAGUAUUGCUGGUCCUUUGAUUGCGACAGCUUUUACAAAUGGAUACCAUUGAAACCUAACAGGUGGUUGGUUGCCAUCUCAAUUGAGCAGAGUUUAUCGGGAGGUCCGGGGAAGACAGGCCGCAGUUUCUAACUGGUUUUGUGUACAGGUAACGGCCAUACAACUCCAAGCACUACAGCAUGGAACAGACAAGGACGAGCUGAGAUGGCAGGAUCUGACGAACAAAAGAAACGUCUGAAUCAUCUCAGAAAAAAAACAACAACAACAGUAAUCUGCUGUACUAUAAUGAAAACCUGGCUUUUGGAUUUUUUUUUUCUCCUAAUGUAUCCCCAUAACCUAGGAUGAUGUUGUCAUUUUGUCCUUUUUCACUUCUUUCCCCCCGUUUCAUUGACGUUAUUUCUUUAACAUCUUUUAUCAUAUAGUCUGAAACAGCCUUUGAGGUUGACUAGUUUUGAAAUCUUUUCAUUAUAUACUAUGUUCUCUGAUGAGAAGAACUGUGUAAAUGUACAUUUUCUCUCCUUUUUUAGUGUAAUAACAUCACUAUAGUUGUCUCUUCACUCUUGGCUCUUUGUAAUAAUACCCAGUGUUUCAUGUUUUCAGAUUUCAUUUCAUUCAAGCAAGAACACUGAAAGACUUGCUUCAAAAAUCAUGAUUUUUCAACCUUUAAAAGAGCAACGAGAGGGUAACUAACAAAUCUAAGUAGCUCUGUUCUUCGUUUCGUGUGAUGUCUUGUUAUCAUUAUUAUCUAUUUUGGGCAAUAAGAGGACUACAAUAUUUUCACAGUCCUUUUUUAUAAAUGUUUUUUUUUGUUGUUGUCGUUGUCGAUAAAAGAAAAAAAAACCCUACAUUUCCUUUUAAUACUUUGUGAAAUGAGAUUUAAAAAGAAAAACAAUUAUGAAAUCUGUAAAUAUUACUCAUUACUACAUUGAACCAUCUCAGAGAGAACCAUAUUUUUGUGAUGGUGUUCUAGAGGUCGUAUUGUGCUCUGAAAUAUGUUUUAAAAAAAAAAAGAAAAAAGAUCUUUCAGGCUUGGUGCGGUAACUGAAAUCCAUUUGUAGCACAAAAGCCGUGAGAACCCGACUGCAGACACAAGCCCAAUAAAACACUGUUAGCUCGCUCUGUAAAUACUGUUGGCUUUCUAACUGUGCAGGUAGCAAACCAGCAUAUUGACUAGAUUGUGAGAUCAGAUGUGCACAGCUUUCACAGAGAAAACAGAUUACAGCAUACACACAAAUCAGCAUUGUAGAAGCAAAAUCGAAAUGAAAUCCAAAGCACAUGUGUGUUUCAUGUUUUUUUAAGUACCGGUGAUGAAAUGAGAGAUUUUCUAAGAAGUAAACUGUGUUUUUUUUUGUUUGUUUGUUUUAAUUUAAUUUUUCCCGUAGUCCUACAAAAAAUAGUAUACAGAAUGCCUGAUUUCGGAAACUAAAAGGCAAUAUUUCAAGAUUUUUAGUCAUUUCUGACUGAUCAAUUAGGAACUGUUUUUGCACCAUUACCUCAGUCCUGUGGGAUGUACUUUAGAGGACGUAACAAAUUAAUUUAUUUUAUCGUGAGACAAAAAAAAAAAAAAAGAUUGUCUUGAAAUUUAAAAGAAUCAUUGCACUGUGAGAAAGAAUUUAUUAUUUUCUAUUUGCACAUGUUAAAGGAUGUUCUCUACCGUGGGUCACAUGAAGGAUUCGUAUUGAAACGUCGUCCCCGCGCGGCCGCAGUCUUUAUGGCUGUGUGUUUGUAGAAUAAUCUUUUUUUUUUUUUUUUUUUUUUUUUUUUUUGCUGGGCAUUUUAUUUUUGUGCUUCUGAUCUGCCAACGUUACAGCUGAGUUUAUUGGUAGCAAUAGUCGAAAUCCUCCGAUACACUGAAACUGAAUGAAGUCAGUAGCUGCUACACAUAUAUGACGUACAUGUCGGAUCCGAUGAGAUCGAAAUGAUGCUAAAAUAUAUGCUGAGUGAAAUAAGAGUGAUAUUAUAAAUAAGAGUGUAAAACUGACUGAUAUAUGCUGUUGUUCAUCCUUGCUGCAAAUGUGUUUUGUUUUCAUUUGACUCCCUUUUUUCACAAUUUUACUGAACUGAUUCGAAAUGCCGAAUCCUUUUUUUUUGUACAUCUCGGAAAAAAAGGAUAAGUAAGAGCAACGCAGAAAGAUGGCUUCCUGCUAACUGUUCAAACUGUUUCAAAAGACAAAACUACUCAAAAGAGUGCGAUCCCCAACACAGUUUGAAUAUCAACGGGGGAUUUUUAUUGCUAUUUUUGUGGAAGUGAAUGACUAUGUUAAAUAUGUUGCUGACUAUAUUACGGUUACUAUGUACUGUAUUUAUCAUUUGAUGAUCUCUCCAUUCCCUGUCGCAUCAUCCAGUAAUCUUCUGUUGAUCAUUGUAUUUCAGUAGUGUGUAAAAAAGAGGAAAAAAAAGAAAUUACCUUGUAAAAGAGUGCUGUCUUUGAUGCCAGUGUAGUGGUCUGUACAUUUCUCUGUUGAUCCGUUUCACUCCUCUCUCCCCUGUUUUUUGCCCCGCUUUUGUCUUCUUGCUCUUUCGCUAUAUCUCUGUCUCACUCUCUCUUAGUGAAUAGUCAUAGAUGUUAUGUAAUCAACGUUACAGUAGCGCUGUAGUGAUUAGUAGAUUUAGGACCAGUAAGGAUAGAACUUUCUCUUGAUAAUCAUUUAAACAAACAAACAAACAAAAAAAUGCUGAACAUUGUUUUCAUGGCGUUUUCACCUUUACUUUGUCUUUCUUUGUGUUCAUUGGGUUGUUUUGUUUUUUUCUUUCUGAUUCUCACAUGGUUUAAACUAACCAAAGCUCUCAUGAUGAAAUCCAGAAAAAAAAAAAAGAAAUUGGUGUAAGACAGAGUUGUAAACAAGGCAUUAAUUGGAUCCCCACCCUUGAAUGUUUGAAAAGGGGUGUGCCAUACUACCUUAAAUGCUAACGCUUGAUAUGCAAAACUGUUUUUUGUUUUCUUUCUUUUUUUAAGAGGGACGCAAUUUAUAAUUAUGGAAAGGAUUUUAUUACACGAAUGGAAAAAAAAAUCAUAUUUUUUUAGUACGUUCUACCUGAGUAAUGAUGAUCUAGCCUAAUAAUUAUAGAUAAAAACGAUAAAACUGUAAUAGGUUUUGAUAUUUAUACUUUUCAAAAAGUCCACUACUAUUUUUAAAUACUUUUUUGUGUCUAUGUGUCUGCAUAGAUUCAUAUAUAUAUAUAUAUAUAUAUAUAUAUAUAUAUAUAUAUAUAUAUAUAUAUAUAUAUAUAUAUUAGGUUUCGGACAUCUUAAGCAUUAUUUUUGUAUGCUGUAACCUUAGAGCCAGGCCUUCAUGUUAAUCAAAGCUAAGGCUUAAACAUAGCUGCAAAGAAAUAAUAAUAAUUGGGAUCUUAACUAUUCAUACUGCAUACGAAACAAAACAAUUAGACUAGCAGCUGUUAUUGUUAAUAACUCAUGAGUUUUGUUCAGACAAGUUAUGAUUAUUUAUUGCUAACAGUCAUAGAAGAAUUCAACAUCAACUUACAGUGAAGUCUGAGAUAUUUUUUCUGAAUGAAAUCUGUUCUCAGGGAUUAUGAAUGUAAGCUAAUUCUAAUCUAACUCCUCUAUUUGUGAGAUUUAGCUCAUGAUUACUUGUGGAUUCUGUGUCUCUGAUACAUGCUCUCAGAUUUCAUUCAGACACAAACACUGAGCCAGUUUUACUACAUGCUCUAGUACUGAGUUGAACCUGCUGCCAACCAGAGAGAGGUUCUUCAUGGGGUCUGUGGAUAGUCAGAGGUUCUAGAUUCCUGAAGAACCUUAUCUGAACAGGAAACACUGUUGAGUUUUUCAAACAGAACCUUUAAGUGUUUCCUGGAAUACACUGUUUAUGGCUCUAGACCUUUUACACACAUGGCAUUAAGUAGUACAUAAAGUAUAUGAAUCUGUGUUGCUAUGUGAAGUUGUUGCAAAUUAUUACAAGCAUUUGUAUCUUUUAAUAAUUUACAGUUGAUAUUAUUUUCUAAACUUAGCAAAGCCUUUCUCAUGCCUGCGGUGUUUUCUGCUGCUCGCAGCUUUCUGAACUUCACAUACGCAAGAUUAAUCAUUCACAGAAAAUGAUUAUAUACAAUAUAAGAUUGAGUUUUUCAAACUUAUAGUCACGAUCUGGCUCUUGAUUAAAAUGAAGGAUGGCAACCAUUUCUUAUAGCCUUCUAUAAUGUCUCUCAGUCAGUUUCUUUCUUUCUUUCCUUAUUUAUUUAUAUAUUUCUGUUCUAAUUUGAUCUUGUAGCUUGGACUUUAAGGUAGCAUGGCUCUGUUGCCAUUAUUUUAUUUUUCCAUCGACAGCCGUUUACAGCAGAUGAAUGUUACACAUCUUGCUAGACUAGUUAAAUCAUUGGAUAAUUGUUGGUUUUGGAAAAAAAAAAAAAAAAAAAAAGGAAAAGAAAAAAAAUGACCUGGAAGGUGUUGGGUGAUAUUCGAAAUGAACUACCGUAUCCAUUCAAAACUUGAAUUUUGAGGCAAGUGCUAGGCAAUGGCCAAAACGAUCAUCCCAUUAUUGAAGGAACAAACUACUCACACACACACACACACUCACACACACUCUCUGUAAUGACAUACUGUAAUGACAUAUGUAUAUACUUGUAUACAGAUACAGGAUAUAUAUGUAUAGUGUAUAUAUCUCUUUGUUAAUUGUUGAAGCUGCCUCAUAAUGCUUAUUAAUCAUUUGUAGUGACCCAGAAAGCAUUUGGGUCAGUAGUCUACACUGAAAUCAUGUUUUAAAGUCAUGUUUGAGAUCACAUGUUGUGGAAAAGCUGCAUUGUGCACUACUGGGACAGUUAGAAAGCCGGGAAAACAUGUUAGUUUAGCUGUGUACGUAUCCUUUUAACUCUAUGGGGACACGGUACAGUUCACACGGCAGGUGUCACGGGGGAAUGGUCUUUAUUUCUGACACUUCCUUCGGGAAGUCGCUCUCCUGUUUUCCUCCCCAGCUUUCGCCUGUCUGAUUGCCUUGUCCAUUCCUAACACUUGCCCAUUUUUUAACGGACUUUUUACCGCAUGAACUGACUGAACGGACUGACGUCUGAAAGCAUCUUUCAGGUCUUCUUCUAUGGCUUGCUUAAGCCCUGUUGUAAAAUAAACUAAAGUGGAUGGGGGUCUCUCACAUCUCAGAUGUGGAAAGUAUAAUUUUAUAUUUGUAUUUUCAAAUAAUUAUGAUAAUAAAAAAAUGUUUGUGAAAGGUUUCCAUCCUCUACUGUGGUCCAGAAAUCAGUGUGUUUGUCUGGAGAAGAUUAAAAAAAAUAAUAAUAAAGUAAACUGUUUUGAAACAUUUCAUGGUUUUUUGAUUUUGAAUUAACAUUUCUUUCAAGCAAAUGAUGUGUGAUCUAAAAUAUGAAUAUAUCUGCAAAAGAAUGUAUAUCAGAUAUGCACAACAAUUAAAAUGCACAAAAAUGAACACA